UUCUCGGGGCCGAGCCGAGAGGACGCCGGGCGCCUGCCGGGGCUCUGCGGGGCCGCGCAGGAGGGCGCGCGUCCGUCGGGUGCUCGCGCGGGUCGAGUGCGGCGCCGCUAGGUGCUGCGGGCAGACGCUGGGUUGCGCGAGCCUGGUUGCGCGGCUGCAUCCUUGGCGAGGCCGGGAGGAGCCGAGCGGAGGGACCAGCGGAGGAUCGAGUGUUAGGUUGCUGCGCUCCGAGGCUCUACAGUGUGAAGCAACUUCUGUUUCUGGAUCAGUUACAAGGAACAUUCACAAGGCCUGAAGAGUAGGAGUCUCAGCCAAUUGGACAAUGGCAAUUUGAGUGGGUUUUGAAAAAUGUUUGAAGGUUAGUGGACUGCAUCUACCUUCUACUUCCUCUGCACACUUUUUAAGAGAAUAAAUGGAAUGUUUGAGAAGAGAGCUAUAUUAAAAGAAGAGUGUUGCAAAUGGCUUCAGAAUCUGUGAAUGCAAAACAAGCUAGGAAUCACUGCACAAAGGGGAAAAGGCAGCAGCACCAGCAAAUAAAGAAUAGGUCUUCAGUUACUGAUGGUGAUGGAGAAGACUCUUUUAUCUUUGAAGCUAAUGAAGCUUGGAAAGAUUUUCAUGGUUCCCUUCUUCGAUUUUAUGAAAAUGGAGAACUGUGUGAUGUCACACUAAAGGUUGGCUCAAAGCUAAUCUCUUGUCACAAACUAGUAUUGGCUUGUGUUAUCCCCUACUUCAGAGCCAUGUUUCUCUCUGAAAUGGCUGAAGCUAAGCAAACACUGAUUGAGAUCAGAGAUUUUGAUGGUGAUGCAAUCGAAGACUUGGUAAAGUUUGUCUAUUCUUCACGGCUCACUUUGACUGUUGACAAUGUCCAACCUCUUUUAUAUGCGGCCUGUAUUCUACAGGUUGAACUGGUGGCUAGAGCUUGUUGUGAAUACAUGAAGUUACAUUUUCAUCCGUCCAACUGCCUGGCAGUAAGAGCCUUUGCAGAAAGUCACAAUCGAAUAGACUUAAUGGACAUGGCGGAUCAGUAUGCCUGUGAGCAUUUUACUGAAGUAGUGGAGUGUGAAGACUUUGUAAGUGUGUCACCCCAGCAUCUCCAUAAGCUCUUGUCCUCCAGUGACCUAAAUAUUGAGAAUGAAAAGCAGGUCUAUAGCGCAGCCAUCAAGUGGCUUCUUGCGAAUCCUCAGCAUCAUUCCAAAUGGUUGGAUGAAACACUAGCACAGGUUCGUUUGCCGCUGUUGCCAGUUGAUUUUCUUAUGGGUGUUGUGGCAAAAGAACAGAUUGUCAAGCAAAAUCUAAAAUGUAGAGAUUUAUUGGAUGAAGCAAGAAAUUACCAUCUUCACUUGAGUAGCAGAGCAGUACCUGACUUUGAAUAUUCUAUUCGGACUACUCCAAGGAAACAUACUGCUGGUGUGCUGUUUUGUGUAGGUGGUAGAGGUGGAUCUGGUGACCCCUUUCGCAGUAUUGAAUGCUAUUCUAUCAACAAAAACAGUUGGUUUUUUGGGCCAGAAAUGAAUAGUCGAAGGCGACACGUCGGUGUAAUCUCUGUAGAAGGUAAAGUAUAUGCGGUAGGUGGACAUGAUGGAAAUGAACAUUUAGGUAGCAUGGAGAUGUUUGAUCCUCUCACUAAUAAAUGGAUGAUGAAGGCUUCAAUGAACACAAAGAGGCGAGGCAUAGCCUUGGCCUCCUUGGGAGGUCCAAUUUAUGCAAUUGGAGGGUUAGAUGACAACACUUGCUUCAAUGAUGUAGAGAGAUAUGACAUAGAAUCUGAUCAAUGGAGUACAGUGGCACCAAUGAAUACUCCCCGUGGAGGAGUUGGCUCUGUGGCUCUUAUAAAUCAUGUUUAUGCAGUAGGUGGCAAUGAUGGAGUAGCUUCUUUAUCUAGUGUGGAGAGGUAUGAUCCACAUCUGGAUAAGUGGAUAGAAGUUAAAGAAAUGGGUCAACGAAGAGCAGGCAAUGGAGUUAGUGAGCUCCAUGGUUGCUUAUACGUUGUUGGUGGUUUUGAUGAUAAUUCUCCUCUGAGUUCAGUUGAGCGGUAUGACCCUCGAAGCAACAAGUGGGAUUAUGUAGCAGCACUUACCACUCCCAGGGGUGGAGUGGGGAUCGCAACAGUGAUGGGCAAAAUCUUUGCAGUUGGUGGUCAUAAUGGAAAUGCAUACUUAAAUACAGUGGAAGCAUUUGAUCCCGUGCUGAAUAGGUGGGAGCUGGUUGGAUCUGUGUCUCACUGCAGAGCCGGAGCAGGUGUAGCUGUGUGCGCCUGUCUAACUAGCCAAAUUCGAGAUGUAGGCCAUGGAUCAAACAAUGUAGUGGACUGUAUGUGAUUUGAGGUCCAGCCACCAACAAUUCAGUCGUAUUUCAUAUGCAGGAAAGACAACCAAGAUUUUCUAUGAUCACCUUUCACUACUGCCAGAGUCUUAUUUUAAAUGGAAACUGUUGUAUUGUGACUAAGUGCAAGAUCUAGAUGGUAAUUGAAGAAUUCUUAGUAGUAAAGGUAAAUUUGAUACUUCCCACUUUAGCAAAUAAUGGGAUAGGGAAGGAAAACAAUCUAACCUGAAACCAUACCUCCUCUAAAAAAUCUUUAAAAUAGUACAGAAACCUUGAAAUCCCUUUUUAAAAUCAUUUUGGAUAAAUCAAAAUGUAAAAUGGAGUCAUUUCCAUUUUGCCUAAAAGUGUUGACUAUAGGCAAUGGACUUUUCCUAGAGGGGCAAUUAGAACCUAUUCAUCAACACAAGUAUAUCAGGACACAUGAGAGACCUCCUUUGGAAGAUCAUUUCUACUUGGUGCUGAUGAAUUUAUGCCUUGCUUUUUUUCUAGAUGUCAGUUUUUAAAUUCCUUGGAUAUUUACAGAAGUAGAAAAAUGUUUAAUUUUUCUCAGUGCCACUAGCUGAAUUUUCAGAAGCUUAAUGGGAGUGCUAUAACAAGCCCUUAAUUUCAGUUUGACUUGUAGCUGAACUAAUUCCAUCUAAAUAAAUCUGUACUUUCAUUUUUUCAUCUCCUAUAGAAAGGAUUUGUUUCAUAUUAGCAAAAAUUGAAUCAGAGGCAAUAUUAGAGGAGAGGGCUUUAGAGUUAAUAUUACUCUAGGGCCCAGUUGAGACACCUUGAAAAGAAAUGGUGUCAAUUACAUGACUCACUGAGAGGAAUCUGAAAAUAUUUCUCUUUGAUUUAAUCAUUUGGUUUGAGCCAAGGAUUAUUAUCUUUCCCUUUUGCUCUUUUUUACCACCCUAUGUUUUUAACUGUAUGGAAUAUGUUUAUUAUCAGAAAAUGAAUGCAUUUUUGCAGAAAUUCUUUACAGAGUGUGGUUUACAGUGUGUGGUUCAAGUCCAUCAUUACCAAUAAAAGAUAACUGUUGAUAAAAACAGAAAAAGA